AUGUCCAUCGCGGAGCAACGUUCGGAAGGCAAGAGGGCCCGCCUGGACGGCUCCGACGUGCAUUCGAAGCACCUCGAUAUGCGGCCGGCGGUUGGAAGCGGCCAACAAGGCCAGAAGCGUAAGAAGAAUCGUCGGGACCGCAGGCGCCAGGUGGCUGCCGACAGCGGCGCGGCGGCUGACGCGCUCGCAGUGUCUCUUCCUCAGCCAUCCAAGUCCUUUAUCCCGUUGCCCUUCUAUCACGUUCCCGACUCGUGGGCUCGUGCGUUGCAGGACGUGUCGCCUGUUCCUCGUCUUGAGGCGUCUGCACUGUACUUCUUCCCCCCACCCUUCCUUCUCGACACCGUCUCUUCGCAGCUACCCAUGCCAUCGGAAUGUGUCUGCCCUACCGCUGCACGAAACGACGACAAGAUAUUGAGAUACCUGCACAACCACCUCCGCAUUCGACGCUUCUGCCGUACGCGCCUGUUCGACCCAUCCAUGUCAAGCGUACCCCUGACGGUUGCCGAAUGGCGAGCGGCUCUUUGGGGUGAAUUUAGUGAGAAAGACGCCGAAAUCACAGGGAGCAGCGCAGCAGAUGUCCGACGGGCAAAGCGCCGUCGCGAGGAGCGGAAUGCGAUCUGCCGGUUGUUUGGGCGAGUAGCCCUUCUUCCGUCCUACCGCGAGGACAGGAAGGCGUCCUUCCUUGGGAAAGAAUUUGCAGCGAAGGACCUCAUCGAAGCCAGCGAUGUCCGGCGGUGGGUUCUUUGGGAGUCCCACGAGAUCAACUUUCGCUGCGAGAUGAUGGCUUUGGAUACGUACCUCGUGCAGCGGAAGGAUUGGCAGGAGAUCCAUCGUUGGAAUAGGGAAGCGGCAGUGUCGGCAGUUUGGAGCAGUAACGCUUCAGUCCUCAGUGUAUUGCCGGAAGACCAUUUGGUAGGGGAGUCCCAUCGAUGGAUGUCAGCGGCGGACUCUGGCUGGCGCGCUUGCUGCGACUCUUUGGCUGCUUUCGUCAAAGUUAUGGAACAUUGGCCCACAUUUCCUCAUUCUCUGCUCGGGACUGCCAUGAACGCCCCUGAGUGGGAUCAGGUACGGUACGCUGCGGUGUGCGACGAGGCAGUCAGGUUCUAUGUAAAUACGUUCGUGCAAGUCUACAAGAGGCUACCUAUUCCUCCCAUUCCUCCAGCCGUAACCUUGGACGCGUAG